AUGCCACUCUUCUCGUCAAAAGCACCGCAUAUCCUGAAAGCGCAGGAGUUACACAAACCACCAGAGAAAGGUCAACCACAUUCCAUUCCACUACCAAACACGACAAAAACAGGCCGAACGCCAGCGUACAGACACUACCAUGGCUGUGAGGCCUUGCUCGAAACCCUCGACCCUGCGAUCCGUACCGGACACGACAUGUUCGAGGUUUCAGCCAAUCGAACACCACAUGCCCCAGCUUUUGGUUAUCGACCAUAUAAUUCUGCAAAGAAUGCCUUUGACCCAUAUCAGUGGAUAGACUAUGAAACGGUUCAAAAGAGGCGAAAUGACUUCGGAAAAGGUAUUGUGGAUAUCCAUGCAAAAGAAGGCAUAACAGGUACACAAUACGGCGUGGGCCUUUGGUGCCAGAACAGACCUGAGUGGCAGAUAACAGAUCUAGCCUGUAUGUCUCAAUCUCUCUUUACGGUGUCACUAUACGACACGCUAGGACCAGAAGCAUCGGAAUACAUCAUCAAGCACGCGAACUUAGCUUGUGUGGUCACUAGCUUGAACCACGUAGGAGCUCUGAUGAGGGUGAAGCCACGUCUACCAAACCUCAAGUUCAUUAUCGUUUUGGAUCCUCUCGAGCCUGCUGCCAAUGAACAACAAUCCACUUCGAAGAAGGAACUACUGACGUCCAUGUCCAAUAGUUUGGACCUGAAUCUGAAGUUCUUCUCAAUGGCAGAGGUAGAGGCUAUUGGCGCCGCCUCGACACGGCCUCUAAAUCCACCAAAGCCUGAAGAUAUGAUUACAAUCAACUAUACCUCCGGCACUACAGGCCCUCCAAAAGGCGUCGUCCUUACACACAAGAACGCUGUGGCCGCAACCAGCGCAGCCCUCGUUUCGACCACACCUAAAAAUGGUGACGACGUAAUGUGUUCGUACCUUCCACUUGCGCAUAUAUUUGGUCGGCUCCUCGAGCAGUCUUUCAUGUUCAGUGGAGGCAAGAUCGCUUACUUUCAUGGCAACAUUCUUGAGCUUGUGGACGAUCUGAAGUUGAUCCGUCCUACAUCCUUUGCCUCAGUUCCCAGACUCUACAAUCGCUUCGGUGGGGUCAUCAAAUCACAGACUCUAGCAGCUCCCGGCUUUAAAGGCGCGUUAAGUAGACACGUUGUAAACACGAAGAUGGCGAAUAUGAAAAGACGGGAGAAUCCAACCAACAAGCACCUUGUUUACGAUAGGAUAUGGGGCAAGAAGGUUUCGGCGGCAUUAGGUUUGGACAGAGCUGUUGACUUCGUGAGUGGUUCUGCGCCUCUAGAUCCAGCCCUACAGGAUUUCUUUUCUAUUGUUACGGGUGCUAGAAUCAUGCAAGGAUUCGGUAUGACAGAGACAUACGCGAGUGGAUGUACACAGGUGGAUGGUGACCUUAGCACUGGACACUGUGGUGGCGUAUCGAUAUCCGUGGAGAUGUGUCUUCAAAGUGUUCCCGAUAUGGAGUACAAUGUCGAGGACAUGCCCUACCCACGUGGUGAGUUGCUGAUGCGAGGUACAAGUAUCUUCGGUGGAUACUAUAAUAAUCCUGAGGAGACGAAGAAAACUUUUACAGAGGAUGGAUGGUUCAGAACUGGUGAUAUCGCUUCUAUCGACGAGCUCGGCAGAUUCAAAAUUAUUGAUCGCAGAAAGAACGUACUCAAGCUUGCUCAAGGCGAGUAUGUUUCCCCUGAACGUAUCGAAGGAGUAUACCUCUCAAAUUGCAAUUACCUUGCACAAGGAUUUGUGCACGGCGACUCAUUGCAGACUAGCCUUGUUGCUAUGUUUGGUGUCCAGCCUGACAUCUUUGCACCAUAUGCUUCCAAAGUGCUUGGAAAGAGCAUCUCUCCAACGGAUUUCGAAGCCAUCAAGCAGGCUUGCAAAGACGAGAAGAUCAGGAAGGCUGUGCACAAGGAUUUGGACAAGGUUGGACGACAGAAUAAGUUUGCAGGAUAUGAGCGUGUGGCCGCUGUUCAUUUGAGCCUCGAACCAUUCACGAUCGACAACGAAACCCUGACACCAACGUUAAAGUUGAAGAGACCUGUUGCAGUGAAGAUGUAUCGACCUCUGCUCGACCAGUUGUAUGAGGAAGCUAAUGCAGAGGCAAGUAAGCCUAAAGCUAAGCUGUGA